CGCCAAAUCCCCUCUCUCGAAUAGCAAAAAUAAAAAUAAAAAUCCCCUCUCCAGUCUCUCUCUUCCCGUUCAUCCACACCGAUCUCACUCCAGUCUCGAUCUCCUUCCGACCCCAAUACCGAUCUCACUCACAGAUUCCGAUCCCCAUUGGAGCUCCUAGUUGUAUAUUUGGUGCCAUAAUAUGGGUAUAGAACCAAUUAUACAACCCCAUAGGAGUUGCAGUUUUACACUGUGAAGUAAUUGUCAUUACUAGUUGUUGCUGCCUAACGGACAACCCUUCUCCUUUGUCCGGGCUUGAACUGGCUGUAUAGAAGAUAAGACUAUAAGCAUGAAACAGGCAGAGUUAAGCAACGUUCAUAGUCGAUUUCUAGUUAUUUGAUAUCAUCCUAGCUGCUACCUCCUGUGGCUAUUCUUGAAGUCUUCAGAUAUCAGAAAUGGUUGAUCAAUCGAAACACAGAAUCUUGAUGGUCUCUGAUUUUUUCUUUCCCAAUUUCGGCGGUGUGGAGAGUCACAUUUAUUAUUUGGCACAGUGCUUACUUAAGCUUGGCCAUAAGGUUGUUGUGAUGACUCAUGCUUAUGAAAAACGCUCUGGGGUGAGGUAUAUGACUGGUGGCCUGAAGGUCUACUACAUACCAUGGAAACCAUUCCUUAUGCAGAACACAUUGCCCACAUUUUAUGGAACUCUUCCAAUAAUAAGGACAAUCCUCAUUCGGGAAAAGAUAUCGCUGGUGCAUGGGCAUCAAGCUUUCUCAACUCUUUGUCAUGAAGCUUUGAUGCACUCACGCACUAUGGGUUACAAAGUUGUGUUUACUGAUCAUUCACUCUAUGGUUUUGCCGAUGCGGGUAGCAUUCACAUGAACAAAGUGCUGCAAUUUACUCUAGCAGAUGUGAGUCAGGUCAUCUGUGUUUCUCAUACAAGCAAGGAAAACACAGUUCUAAGGUCAGGGCUACCGCCAGAGAAGGUCUUCGUAAUACCAAAUGCAGUAGACACAGCUAUGUUCAAGCCUGCUCCAAAACGACUCAGCAGUGAUGAGAUCGUUAUUGUUGUGAUAAGUAGAUUGGUUUAUCGGAAGGGCGCAGAUCUUCUCGUUGAAGUUAUCCCUGAAGUGUGCCGUUUACAUCCCAAUGUUCGUUUCAUUGUUGGUGGAGAUGGGCCUAAAAGGGUGAGGCUAGAAGAGAUGAGAGAAAAGAAUUCUCUUCAAGAUCGAGUGGAAAUGUUAGGUGCUGUUCCACAUGCUAAAGUAAGGUCUGUCCUGAUUUCGGGCCAUAUAUUCUUAAACAGUUCUUUAACAGAAGCAUUUUGCAUAGCAAUACUGGAGGCUGCAAGUUGUGGACUCUUAACAGUCAGUACACGCGUGGGAGGUGUCCCAGAGGUUCUACCAGAGGACAUGAUUGUACUAGCUAAACCUGAUCCAGUUGAUAUGGUACAAGCAAUCCAGAAGGCAAUAUGCAUCCUUCCCAACAUUGAUCCGCAUUCUAUGCAUCUUCGCAUGAAAAAAUUAUACAGUUGGCAUGAUGUUGCUAAAAGGACAGAGAUUGUCUAUGACCGUGCUUUGAGAUGCUCGAAUCAAAACCUUUUGGAACGACUUUCACGGUACCUCACAUGUGGCGCCUGGGCCGGCAAGCUUUUUUGCUUGGUCAUGGUCAUUGAUUUUUUGUUAUGGCAUCUACUGAAAGUAUUUCAGCCUGCUGCGGCUAUCGAGGUGGUACCUGAUAUCAUUACACCACCUCGUCAACAUGGAGAGAAGUCGGGGGAUGCCAAUAGCAAUUGAAGAGUAAAGCUUGACAUCAUGUACAGGGUCAACGCUUAGAUUGCUUGGCCUACUCACCGUUUAACUGGGAGCUAACAUGUAACAAAAUGCAGGAAUCGUAUUUUGACUUUGUCUUGCGAUUCUGCUAAUUCUUGCUCUUUUUUGGCUAAUAUGUUCAUAGAUUCAGGUGGUAAAGGGCCACAGUGGUCUGUGGUAGGUCAUAGGUGCAAAAUUUUGGCUAAGCCAUAACCAGAAACAAAAAGAACUAUGACCUACUGUUACAUGAUUUUGCUCUCAGGAUUGACACCUCAUCUUUUUCUUGUUCCCCC